CAAAUUUGACGUGCCUCGUGUGAAUAAAAAAAAUUAAAUACCUGUUUUUUUUCCUAUUGGUUAACCACAAGUAACUAAGUUUUUAACCCAUAUCUGACAAGUGAUUAAGCUUUUGCUUCCUUUUUAUUUUUUUUUGCAGAAUUACCCCUCUAAUCACCAAAUGGUGAAAAAAAAAAAAAAACAUAAUCACCAAACAGUGAAAAAAUAUAAAACAUAAUCACCAACGUUAUGCUUAACUCACCCUCUAUCUUAUUUUCACCCGUUUGGUUGUGCUUGUGCCGCUGCAACUCCUUCUCCUGUCAGUCCUCCAUUGAAGCGGCUUUUAAGCUUUCUCUACUACACUGAAGCAGGUCAAGCAGCUUCAGAGGUGCUAUAUACUUGAAGAGGAAGAUGGAUCUUGAAAGAGGAAGGAAGAAGAAGUAAAAGUAGCUUGCAAUCAGUGAUCAAUGGCCAAACGAUUUAACAGGAGUCAAGGUCGUAGACCUUUUACCAAGCUCAAGAGUUCUGGAACAAUUAGUAAGAAGAGUCGUCAAGCCGAACCCAUUGAUGUUAGAAACAAAUAUCCUGGUUCCCAAGAUGAUAGAUACAAGAAGCAUGUGAAGACUACAACUUUUGAAGAUGAUGUAGAAGAGGAUGUAGAGGAAGAAAAUGAAUACAAUGAAGAAGAGGAGGAAGAUGAAGAUGAAGAUGAAGAUGGAGAUGAAGAGGAUGAGGAGGAGGAAAUAGAGCCUCCAAGUGAGCCUUCUGUUUUUGAUAAUCUACUAAAGAAACUAGAUACAACUAGCAAUUCACGUGCUGAGGUGCAUCAGAAAAGAGGAAGAAAAAGUAUAAAGGGAGGUGAUUCUGAAGAUGAGAGAGAUGACGAGGACGAUGAAGAGGAUGAUUUCAAUGGCUCUGAUGAUAACAUUGACAGAAAUAGUGGGAAGGGUGAUGCCAUUACAUCCAGUGAUGAUGAGCUUACUGACUUAACAGUAGAUGAUGAUUUCUCAGAUGCAGAGAAUGGAUUAGGAGAAGACAUUGCCGAGGGUCUUUCUAGUUCAUCUCAAAGCCAAAGUAAUUUUGGUAUUCAUAUAACCCACAAAUUGUCAACGGAAGACAUUGAAAAAUUGUUAACGAGGAAAUGGAAGUAUAAAUGGAAUAUGCCUGCUUUAGAAUCAAGCAAUUGUAUAUGGAUGGGCACUGGAGAUAGUUUACAGAAGGAUUCCGUUGCCACUGCCCCUUUUGGCGUCAAAUUAAAGCUGUACAAGCACUGGUUGGAGGUCUACAACAAAUCUGGGGGCAUUGAUUUUCAGUCUUCAAAGCAAAGAAUGUUUUUCUCUCUUUGCAAUAGCUAUAGAGAUAUACUCCACCAUCACAAGAAACCCUUCUAUCAAAAGGGAUUAGAUGAAGACUCAAGUACCAUGGAUGCAUAUAUCAUGCAUUCGCUUAAUCAUGUUUUCAAAACAAAGGAUAUUAUCUCUAAAAAUGAUGCGAAAUUAUCCAAGAAUCAGGAAACUGCUAGAGAGGAAGUAAUAACUAGUGAUAGUUUCCUUGAUCAAGGCUUCACUCGGCCAAAAGUGCUGAUACUGCUGCCUCUAGCAAGCAUUGCUCUUCGUUUCGUGAGGAGACUUAUACAAUUGACGCCUUCAGCACAUAAGGUCAAUGUGGAGUAUAUGGAUCGGUUCAACAAGGACUUUGGAGCUGAUGAAGAAGAUGAUGAUGAUAUUGAGGCUAAGGAUUCAAAGCUCAAGAAGCCUUCAAAACCUUCUGACUAUCAGUCACUUUUUGGUGCUAAUAAUAAUGACCAUUUUAUGGUUGGGAUAAAGUUUACUAGAAAAAGUAUAAGGUUGUACAGUGACUUCUAUUCUUCGGACAUGAUUGUUGCCUCACCUCUUGGAUUGAUUACUAAAAUUGGGGAAGCUGAGGCAAAUAAAGAAAAAGAUGUUGACUAUCUUUCUUCAAUAGAGAUUCUAGUCGUAGAUCAUGCUGAUGUAAUAUCUAUGCAGAACUGGUCCCAUGUAAAUACAGUUGUUGAACAUCUGAAUCUCCUGCCUUCUAAACAACAUGGUGGUGAUAUCAUGCGUAUCAGACAAUGGUACCUGGAUGCACAUGCACAGUUUUAUCGACAAACAAUUAUAUUAAGUUCUUAUUUGAAUCCAGACAUAAAUGCUUUGUUCAAUCGUCAUUGCCUUAACUUUGAGGGAAAGCUAAGGUUGUCUUGUGAACACAAAGGUGUGUUGCCGAAAGUUAUCCUGCAAGUGAGUCAGGUUUAUGAGCGCUUUGAUACUGAUUCCAUAGUGGAAGCUGACGAUGCUCGUUUAAAUUACUUUAUCAAUAAGAUAUUUCCGAAGAUAAAAAAUUCCAUUCAGGGUGGAAUUAUGCUAUUUAUAAGCUCUUACUUUGAAUUUGUUCGCAUCCGGAAUUUCUUGAAGACACAAAAUGCAUCUUUCUGCCUGUUGGGCGAGUAUACAAAACAAAGUGAUAUAUCUCGUGCAAGAAAUUGGUUCAUUAAGGGACAGCGAAAGAUCAUGCUCUACACUGAGAGAGCCCACUUUUACCAUCGUUACAAGAUCCGGGGCAUCCAGAAUCUAAUUAUCUAUUCUCUUCCAGAGAGGAAAGAGUUUUACCCUGAGGUUCUCAAUAUGCUUGAAGAAGGAUCCCAUAACAUGACUUGUACAGUACUUUUUUCGCGUUUUGAUCAGCUACGGCUGGAGAGAAUUGUUGGAAGUGCUGCAGCAAAGAAGAUGGCAUCAUCCGAGAAGGGCCUCUUUAUCUUCAAAUGAGAGCGCUUGCUGCUUGGCUUUAUGAAUUAUAGCUGUUGAGCUGAGAUUUGCACCUUGAGUAUCAACAUAGUUGGUGCACUAAUUUUUGACAUGAGAAUGAUCGUCCUUUAAACCAUAGGAUAUGUUUGGUGAAAUAGAAAGGUUUCUUUUUCACAGAAUUGUAUCUGUCUGUAUGUUAGAGCUACUAGCACAUUAUCUGGUUGUUAUCGGUAUGUAGGCAAGAUUGCCAGAAAGAUCUUCAUGAAAGGAAAAUUUGGUACCAAUAUUUUGCUAUCAGAAAAUGAAAUUUGGGGUGCAUUUUAUCAUCGGGCCCCAUUUCU